GGAAAUUUGACAUUGCGGGAAAGUUUGCUAACACAGCAAUGAAACUACAGUUUUAAACGUAGACAUGGACCGCUACGUUUUGGUUUUAUCCUUUUGCCAAGGCGAUGACCACUUGACUGGCGAUCAUAAGUGUCUGGAGGCACUAAAUAAUAUCUAUAAAAGACUCUUGGAGAUUUCAGCUCAGGAGUCAGCAAAAGGGAUUUCUGAGUUUCCAGCUUGUUCCCUUAGUGGCAGCCCAGCAACUCCACGGUGGUACUUUGCUGUUCAGGUGUGCCGAGGAGCGACACAAUUUUGCAACUCUGAUUGGGAAGAGUUGGGAACAAACCAUCAGAGAACAGACUCUGAAGAGGUGAACCUUACUACACCCGAAGAAUGUCUGACCUCUCUUAGUAACCAGGAGGCAGCAGACGACCUGCCACCUCUGGCAGAGUUGUUAGAAGAGGCUGCAGACGGACUUCAUCAGCUGACAGAUAAGCUGCCUCCGCCAGGGAAAGCCUUGCUGGAUGUUCUGCUGCUGGCCUCAGCUGAGCAGUCCCCUCCAGCUAAAGACCUGCUGCCUCUGCUGGGAGCCCUGAAACACAUGGCCUGCUGGCAGGCUGCAAAGAUCAAUAUUGUCACACAGAACAUUAGUGGGUGGGAAAAGGUAGCAUCCUCUCUGAGUGCAGGACUACUGGAGCCUGCUGAUCUGUUCAACCUUAUCGACUACAGGGAACUGUGGAGAGGAGGCCUGGUUAUCAGAGAAAAGAAGUAUGUAUCAGAACUUCGCUUUGAUGGCUUUUCCCUGCGCUGUCCUGCGCAUCGGAUAGUAGACUCCGGUCUCUUUCAGGCUCCCACCAUGAGUGACAAAGUAAACUCUGAGGUUUUCCAUUAUUAUGCUCCAGUUUUAGACUUGGUUCAGGUGGUUGAUCUGUCAGAACUGCCCACCUUUCUGAUGUCCAACAUUCACUUUGAGUUAGGCCUGUCUGGGAAGUCGGUGAAAGCUAAGCUUCUCUUGGACCAGCUGAGCGCUCUCCGUGGAAAGGUUGGAGCUUUGUUCAGCCUAUCCUGUAUGAUUACACCGAUCACACAGCCUCCAGCCAGUCAACUAAGCUCCCAGCGCUGGAAAGAGUGUUUAUCCCGCACACCAAAGUCCUUUCUUGUGCCCGAUGUUGAGGUGAAAGGUGAAAGCGCAGUCUACUUCCUGUUGGUCCAGGGAGCGGACGAUGUCGGCUCUGGUACCUGCACGGUCAGGUUGAUGCAUUCACACAAUCAACUUAACGGAGCUGCUGCCAUGGCAACCCUCUCCAGCUUGCUAAGGGAGAAGCCUUUCUCAUCAGGAGAGGCCGAUGACAACUUCCUCCAUCCUUUGUUGUGUCUUCAAGGAGAUUCUCUACUGAGGAGGGAAAGAAAGGUGGCCCAGGUUCAGGCGCUGGUUCUCAAAGAAUAUCUUAGGCAGAAAGAAGAAACUUCAGCUCCGUGUUUGGUGCCCGUCAAUGACUUGAAGGCCAUAUUGAAUCUUGCCAGGGAGCAGUACCUCAAGAUGUUUGACUCCACUCUUCCAGUCACUGAAAAAUAUCUGACAAAUGAGCAGCCUGCAGAACAUACAGAGUUACAGACUGUCUUCCAACAACCAUCUGAUUGGCCUGAGAGAAGCGUCCUCCACAAUAUAGAAAACCUGCAGAGAAAGCGACAGAGGAAGAGGCUUGGUCUACUGGGUCCCGGCUCCACUGAAAGCCUCCUGGGCCCUAAAGACAGCCAGAGGGGCUCAUCUGCUUUACUGGAUGCCAAAGAACUUCUAAAACACUUCACAUCUGAUGGCUUGCCAACAGGGGAGUUGCAACCGCUGGCUAUAAACAGAGGUAAUAACAUGUUCCAGUUGUCACCAGACCUCUCUCCCAGGACAAUCAGCAAGAUGCCCUUCAGCAUUGCCUCAUCAGCUCAUUACCAUGGCAUAGAAUUCUGCCUGGAUAAGCAGCAAUCCCUGGACCGAGACCAGGCUUUUGUGCGCCUCCAGUCCCGUCUGAUUCGCUACGAGACACAGACGACCUGCUCCAAGGAGCCCUUUGCUCUCCCCUUUGCCCUCAGCCCUGCCCCCUCACCUGCUGUGAUGUCAGAACCAGGAAGUGUUCCCGAUGGAGAGACACUGCAGAACAACGAUGUAGCGCAGCUGAAACGCAGGUCCUGGGAGACUGACAUAGCUGGAGGUUAUCCUCGCAAAAGGCUGGUGAAGUCGGAGAGCAGUGACUCUCUGUGUUCGCAGAGCAGCGGCAGCAGCGGCACGCAUCCCGCCAUCAGGUCUCUACGACAAGCAAACAGAUCCCAGUCCGCCUCUUCCUGUACGAGCCUCUCCUCAGCAACAAGACGGUCAUCAGGUUUGGCGAUUCUCCCACAUCCAGAGAGACUGAAACCCCAACAGCAGAAGGUCAUUCAGGGACAAGCCGAGGACAAACCUUCCAAAGAGUCUCGCUCCCAGAAACACAACAGGAUGCUGCAGGAGAUUGUAGCUAAAACGCUCAAACACCAUGGGAUCGCUGUCGAGCAUGAGUGCUUCGAGGCCUGCAGCAGAAGACUGUUUGAUAUCUCCAAGUUCUAUCUCAAGGAUCUGAAGACAUCUCGGGGUCUGCAUGAUGAAAUGAAGAAAGCAGCCAGCAGUAACGUUAAACAGGUUGUUGACUGGGUGCUGGAGAAAAGCUCAAAGGAAGGGAGGUGAUCGUCAAUAAUAAGCGCCGCAAAGACGUUUUAAUUGAUGUUCGCUGAGGUUUUGCCUCAGUGAGCAGCUUUUCUUAAAUUUCAACUCAUUCAUGAGAGUGAUUGAUGUUUUAAACUUUUGAUUGGUUUUAAACAGAUAGAUUAAGCUCAUUUAAUUAACUUAAUCCUUUUAUUUGAUUUUCUUGCCUUUUUUGCUUUCCAAAACUUUUAAAAGAAAGCCCAUUUUAAACUUCUGUUUGUAUGGUUUUGUGUUUAAACCUACUUAUUUACUCUCAAGGCUCUGAAGCCAUGAAGCUAAAAAAUCAAAAAUUAAACAAAGCAGAGCCACCCUGCUAAGAGGCCGGCAUGGCAGGCGGCGAGGGGGAUCUACAUUGGUUUGUUGUUUUCUGUUCUUUUAGUCUUAAAGUUAACUUUGCUUCUAAACACAUCAAUAAUUUAGUUUGUAUUUAUUAAAUUUUUAAAGCACAAUAAAUGUUUUUAUCUUUAA